AUGACCGAUCUCCAGUGCUUCAACUUGUGUCAACAUCAUCCACCAUGGGCGUAUGGCAGGCCGCACUCGUCAAAAUGGGCAUGGCCCAGCCCGGCCCCAAGAUCACUGCUCACGACCGCGCCGUACUUGAGUGAGUUUGACCCGGGUUCGGAGUUCGACCGCCCGGAGCCUUCCAACCAGUCAUUGGCCGCCCUCGGCAAUCAACUGACGCGGCAGUCUGAAGAACCAGCGCGACAAGCUGAAACAGUAUCAGAAGCGGUCGUCCUCGACCGAGAGCAGGAGAUAGCGAAGGAAGCCUUGGCGAAGGGUGACAAGACGCAGCUUCUGAGCCGGACAGACGAACAGCUCCAGACGCUGCAAGAGCUCGUAACGACGAUCGAGUUCACGCAGAUCCAGGCAACGGUCGUUCAUGGACUCGAGCAGGGCAACAGCGUGUUGAAGCAGCUGCAGAAGGAGAUGUCGCUGGAGCGCGUCGAGAAGCUGAUGGACGAGACGCGAGACGGCAUCGAGUACCAGAAGGAGAUUGACAACGAGCUCCAGUCCAGCAUGAGUGCCGAGGACGAGGAGGCCGUGCAGCGCGAGCUCGAGGCGCUCCAGGCGGAGCAGAUGAUUCCAGAUGUACCAGAGACGGAGCCUGUGCAUCUCCCGGAUGCGCCUGUCGAGGAGCCAGCGGAGCCGGCACAGAAGGCGCCCGCAGAAGCGGCCAAGGAAGAGCGAGUGGCGCUCGCCGCCUAA